ACAAAAAGUUAAUUAACAAAGUUAAACGCUUAAACGCAAAAUGAAAGUUUGCUUUAGUUUAAUGUUUUUAGGUCUAGCUGCCUGCGUUUUGUCCUAUCCCAAUCCUUGGCUGAAAGUUGAUGAGUUGUCGAGCUACUAUGAGCCGGAAAUACAAUUGCUACCAGAGGAUUUAGAUUGGGCGCCCAGUCAAGAGGAGCUGCAUCGUGUGCGUCGGCAAUGGAAAGUCCAGGGAGGAGGCGGUUCAGGACAAGGCUUGGACUUGAGUGUCAAUGGACGUGUACCCGUAUGGCAGAGUAACAAUGGUCGCCACUCCUUGGAUGCCACGGGACAGUACGCACAGCACUUUGGCGGACCCUUUGGCACCACCCGACCCAAUUGGGGUGCAGGUGCUACGUACACAUUUCGAUUUUAGACUGAAAUUUAAGCAAGUUAACAAUAUAAUAAUAUAUUUUAUUUAAUCAACAACAUUAUUGUAAUUAGGUCAUAGCUAUAGAUUAAACACAGUCAUACAAAGUUUUGAACUUAGGUACAUAUUAAAAAUGAUUAAAGUAUGCAAAUCA